CAGGAGCUGGAGUACUGCGAAUUUUUCGCUGGUGCUGCGAGGGUGUUUGAGGAGGUGAAGGGAGCAGCCUACCCUUCUACAGCAAUUGACAUAGAGUACAUGAAGAACCUUGCGCACGAGGGACGGACCAACCCGUUUGACUUCAUGACUCCUUGUGGGUUUGGGAUCGCAGUAUGGCUGAUAUCUCAAUGUCGCCCGAAGAACUUCUUCAUUCUACUUGCUACGGUGUGUAGCAGUUGGGUACACGUCAAUGCUGGUACAUCUAGACGUAGCAUGCUAUUGCCAGAAGGCCGGGAGGACUUGCCUUACAUACAGCUAGCAAACGGAAUGGCCUCAAGGACUUGCCUCUUAUGUCUUCUGACAUUGAUUCAAGGCGGAAGUUAUAUGGUGGAGCAGCCGGGUAGCAGCUGCAUGCCCCAUUACAAACGUUUUGUGUGGCUCUCCCGGGUCUCCAAAGUUUUUCGCAUUGCUUGGUGGAUGGCCCACUACUCAUCGCCAUCUCCGAAGAGACACCUAGGCCUGACGAACAAUGUAUGGGCAGACAAGUUGAACAAAGGGAAACUUACCAAAGAGGCCAGAGAGAAGUUGACCCUUAAGCCAGUUGACCGGACCGUUUCAAAAUCUGGAAAGCGGGGCUACAAAGGCAAUAAGUUGCUCAAAUCUACUCAGAUUUAUCCCCAACGCUUCGGGGUGGAAGUAUGCAAACUGAUGCCCAAGCUCAAGACCCAGGGUGAGGGGAUGCUUGAAACUACACAUGUUCGCACCCCUGCUUAUGAACUGCUCCGUGAGUACGAGAUGUCUGAUUGGUCAGAGGCCCAUCUCAAAGAGGUGGUGCAUUAUUUGUAUUCGAACACGUCUUUGAAAUUACCAUGGGAAUGGAAGCAGGCUUUCCCACUGCGCCUCUAAGGUCC